CAGCUCUGUAGCAGCUACCUCUUGCUGAGCUGUGGCCACGAUGCAGCACCUAGAGGAAGAUCUGACUAUUCUUGGAGAAGCAGAUGAUAUCUUCUGUGAAGUGGCUCAACGCAAUCUUUGUGCUCUGUUUCCUGGGAUGAAAGAAGUAGGAUUCAUCUCUUGCUGCUCCCAGUCAACAACAGCUACAGGAAUAUCUUCCAGGCUCCCGGAAAUCAUGUCAGUAGGAUCACAGUCAUUCUCCCCAGGUGGUCCCAAUGGGAUUAUUAGAAGUCAAUCCUUCGCUGGCUUCAGCGGUCUUCAAGAAAGACGAUCCAGGUGUAACUCGUUUGUUGAAAAUUCCUCUGCACUUAAGAAGCCCCAAGCAAAGGUGAAGAAAACGCACAAUUUGGGGCAUAAGAACAGCACCGCCUCCAAAGAGCCCCAGCCUAAAAGGAUGGAAGAGGUCUAUAGGGCCUUAAAGAAUGGAUUGGACGAGUAUCUGGAAGUUCACCAGACAGAGCUGGAUAAGUUAACUACUCAGUUAAAAGACAUGAAAAGAAACUCGCGGCUGGGAGUGCUGUAUGAUCUAGACAAGCAAAUCAAAGCGAUAGAAAGAUAUAUGAGAAGGCUGGAGUUCCACAUUAGUAUGGUGGAUGAGCUGUACGAAGCCUAUUGUAUCCAAAGACGUCUUUGUGACGGUGCCUGCAAAAUGAAGCAAGCAUUUGCAAUGUCACCCGCCAGCAAAGGUGCUCGAGAGAGUUUGUCUGAAAUCAACAGAAGUUACAAGGAAUACACAGAGAACAUGUGUACCAUUGAAGGAGAGCUGGAAAACCUAUUGGGGGAGUUUUGCAUCAAGAUGAAAGGUCUGGCUGGUUUUGCUCGUCUUUGUCCUGGAGAUCAAUAUGAGAUUUUCAUGCGUUAUGGCCGCCAGCGAUGGAAAUUGAAAGGCAAAAUUGAAGUGAAUGGCAAGCAAAGCUGGGAUGGAGAAGAAAUGGUUUUCCUCCCUCUUAUUGUUGGGCUGAUCUCCAUUAAGGUCACAGAAGUUAAAGGACUUGCUACUCACAUUCUAGUGGGAAGUGUUACCUGUGAGACAAAGGACUUGUUUGCAGCUCGGCCUCAGGUGGUUGCUGUUGACAUUAAUGACCUUGGCACUAUAAAGCUGAACCUUGAAAUUACCUGGUACCCAUUUGACGUUGAGGACUUGACCCCAUCCACAGGCAAUGUGAACAAAGCAUCUGCUCUUCAAAGAAGAAUGUCCACGUAUAGCCAAGGGACUCCAGAAACCCCCACCUUCAAGGAUCACUUAUUCUUUAAAUGGCUACAUCCUCUGCAAGACAGGCCGCAGUUGUCAGUUUUAGAUACUCUGCAAGACACUUUCUUUGACAGGCUGCAGCGCAGUCGCUCUUUCAGUGACCUGCCAUCUCUCAGGCUGAGGCCUAAAGCAGGGCUAGAGCAAUAUUCCAAUUCGCCAGACGACAUCUUUGAAAAUGGGAUGGCAGCCAAUGAGAAAAGACCACUAUCUUUCAGUUUUGGCGAUAUACCAAAUGGAGAUUGUGCUCCCCCACCCAGCACUGUAGAUCCCUCCUCUGCCCUUAACCCUUCCAGUCCUGAAAUUACUGUCACACCUCCAGAGCACAAAUCCUCAAAUAACCCAACGACGGACAGUUCCAGCACAAACUCGUCCCUGGACUCUACACCUGAGUCAAAAGACUUGAAGUCACAGCCAGCGCAUACACCAGUACAUGAGAACAAGAAAAGUUCCAGAGUAGCCUCUGAAGUUCACCAAAAGCCUCCAGGCCCUGGGAGUGAUAACCUGUUUAUAGAUUCUAGUGUCCCCGUGUCACUUCUACAAGAGACCGAUGAAGUGUCAGAGCUGAAACCGGUCGAACUGGACACCUAUGAAGGCAACAUCACCAAACAGCUGGUAAAAAGGCUCACCUCCACAGAGGCUCCAAUGACACCUGAAAGGCUGCAGUGUGAGGGAUCAAUAAGUGGCGAAUCAGAAGGAUAUAAGUCUUAUUUAGAUGGAAGCAUAGAAGAUGCCUUUCAGGGGCUUCUCCUAGCACUUGAGCCACAUAAAGAACAGUAUAAAGAAUUUCAUGACCUGGACCAACAGGUGAUGCAUCUGGACGAUAUUCUCAAAUGCAAGCCAGCAGUAAACCGAAGCAGGUCCUCCAGUGUCAGUCUAACAGUUGAAAGUGCUUUAGAAAGCUUUGAUUUCCUGAACACCUCUGACUUUGAUGAUGAGGAUGGUGGAGGUGAUGAGGUUUGUAAUGGUGGAGGAGGUGCUGACUCAGUAUUUUCAGACACCGAGACUGAAAAGACUAGUUACAGGUCAGAUCACCCAGAAGCCAGAGGGCACCUCAGUGAAGCUUUGACUGAAGACACAGGAGUUGGGACCAGUGUAGCUGGAAGUCCUCUCCCACUGACCACAGGGAAUGAGAGUCUUGAUAUCACAAUAGUUAAGCAUUUACAGUACUGUACACAGCUCAUUCAGCAAAUUGUGUUCUCCAGUAAAACUCCAUUUGUUGUAAGAAACCUCCUGGAUAAGCUGUCCAAGGAGAUCGUAGUAGUUGAGAACCUUGCAGAGAUCAGCAGUGAGAACAUGGGGAACGUCAUCUCUGUAACUGAAGCAAUUCCAGAAUUUCAUAAGAAGCUAUCACUGCUGUCUUUCUGGACUAAGUGCACGGGUCCCACAGGGGUGUAUCAUACCUCUGCAGACAAGAUGAUAAAACAGCUGGAUGUCACUUUUGCCACAGCUGUGAAUGAAGAGUGCCCAGGACUAGCAGAAACAGUAUUCAGAACCCUGCUGUCUCAGAUCCUCGACCGAAGAGAACCAGUCCUCUCAUCCAGUCUGUCCUCUGAAAUCCUAACAGUUUUUCAGUAUUACAAUUAUUUUGCCAGCAACAGCGUUAGCGACCUUGGAAGCUAUUUGUUGCAACUUGCAAAAGAAGCCUCAGUAGUUCAGAAGCUGCAGACCUUAAGAGAUGAAAAAUGGCUACAGAACAUAGCUGAGCUAACCUCCAGCAGUCUUCCACCUCAGCAGGAAGUACUGAGGUCCUUGGCUUUACUUCUAACUGAAAAUAAAAAUGAAAUUGGCGAGGCUGUGACAUUACUCUUGUCAGCUUCAGCAGAAAACAAGCAUUUCAGGGAGAAGGCUUUAAUUUACUACUGUGAAGUGCUAACACAGCCUAACCUCCACCUACAGAAAGCAGCUUGCAUGGCACUGAAAUGCCUUCAGGCUACUGAAAGUAUUAAAAUGCUAGUUACUCUCUGCCAAUCUGACAAUGAAGAAAUCAGAAAAGUAGCAUCUGAAACCCUUCUCUCUCUUGGUGAAGAUGGGCGACUGGCAUAUGAACAGCUGGAUAAAUUUCCUCGGGAAUUUGUUAAAGUUGGAGGCCGUCGGGGGACUGAAGUUGCCACAGCUUUUUAGAUGCAAGAUAAUCUACCUAACAGUUAACAGUCAUUAUGACUGUUCACAUUAACUGGAAUGGUGCUGUAAUUCAACUGCUUUAAUAAAAAAAAAAACAAAAAAAACUUUUGAAGAAUUCUAAAGAAUGUCCUGAAAGUUAGCAAUUUAUAGACUUUUUAAGAAAAAAAAAAAAGUGUAAAUUCCAGUUAUUGAGUUCCUAUUGGCUUUUCUUCCUAGCUUAUGAUAGAACAGUUGUAUGUUGAAGAUAAUGCUUCUUCAAGUGUUUCAGAGUAAAUGAUGUAGUAAAUCAGUCUCAGCAAACUUCUAUAUAAGAUUUUAGAAUUCAGCAUCUUCAUAUUUUUACACAAUUUUGCACUUGUUUUAUUGAAGUUGUUGUGUAAGCUUGAAAUGUGAUGCUGCAUCUAAAAAGGAAAGGUAGGGAAUUACAAAGUGGAAAAGUGGAACUACAAAGCAGCUUUCGCUCCACAUUGCGCUAAGUGUUGGAUGCCUUGCAGGGUUCCUAGCAGCAUUAUAUCAGCCUGGACUGAAACUCAGCUACCCAGAUUGAUUUUAACGACGAAAUAUAGAUCAAGUUUCUUCAAAUCAAGUUUUGCCUCCAGAAACAACAGGCUGUAAACCCCAGGAGAUGUUAUUUCACUGACUCAUUUUAAAUGCCUCUACUGGUCUUUUAUUUCCUCCCUCUCACCCGCCAGUAAUGAACCAUGAUUAAUCUAGGGAUUUGCUUGUGCUAUCAAGCAAUUACGUGGGUUUUACAGAAAUAAAUGGAAGGUUACAUGUGCUCAUUGUUCAAAAAGAAAAAAGAAUAUAAUACAAUUGCCUGAAUCCUUGAAGCCAUUUUUGUUUCCUAGGUUACAAGAAGGAGUGGGCUACAUGCACUCUGGCUAGUGCAUAGCAGCUUGCUAUAGAGUAAUUUCAGUAUAAAGAAUUAAAGCAAAGUAAAGAGGACCUUGGAACUGUUAAAGACAGGGUGCAAAUAAAAGUGUUUCCUCCCCCUCCAACUCCAAGUAUGAAAGACUGAGUGCUUCAAGCUAUUGAUUAUAGCCCUUAAGUUAACGGACGAGGUGAGUGUAAUUUAACAGAAGAGCAUUGUUGUACUGCAGCACAUCUGACAUGAAAUACUAUUUAGAUGUUAAUUAAAACAUCCAGCUUCUGAUAGACUAUACAGAAAAGGAUCACUAAAAGUUCACUUCAAAAAGAAGCCUUUUGCGCCAAAUACAGUGGCAGACAGUUUUUCUGACUGUGAAUGUUAGCAACAAUGUACAUACAGCUGUAUAUUUAUAAAUAUAUAUAUAUAUAUAUUCUUCCUGUAAUUAAAGGUACAUUUGUACAGUCUGAAAUAUUUACUUGUUUACUGAAGGAAAUAGGCUCUUUUUACAGAUGGUUAAAUAACCAUGUCAUGGUUUUUAUAUCACAGCUACUGCAUGAGCUGAUUCUCCCAUCAUGUUCUUUUGUUCUGACAUCUGCUUAUUUUUUGCCUUCUAGUUUUGUGGCAUUUGUACUCAUAUUUCCUAUCAUCGUUAAGUUAUAAUAAAGAAUAUUUUUAAUCACUAAA